AUGGGAUAUUGGAGGAGGAGGAAUUUUGCGAAGGAGGUGUGGAGCUAUGCCCCUUGGUCUACCUCAGCUUCCCCAGUACAGCAGACUUCCUUUGCAGACUCUCUCCAAUCGUCGUACUACUGGACUGUCUUGCCGCCUUAUGGUAUAACUGGAAACGUUUUCCCUUGGAUUUGCUGGUAUCUCUGGACUGCAAGGAACAAGCUCAUCUUCGAGGCCCGAUCUACUUCAGCUCAGGAGAUCAUCACUCAAGCCAUCUGCGCCAUGAAAGAAUGGGAACUUGCCAACCCCAAGCGCUCCACUGUUACUCCAAUGACUCCGAUUGCCCUCUUACAGACGAGAUCCACCGCUCUCCCACCGGAGACGAUCUACUGCAACACCGAUGCGGCCUGGAGAGCCGAUCAUAAAUCAGCAGGCUUAGCCUGGAUCUUCACAGACUCGACUGCUACUGAGAUCUCUCGAUCCUCCUCAGCCCAAGACCGAGUCUCAUCGCCCUGCAUGGCCGAAGCCUUAGCGAUUCGCGAAGCUCUACUACAAGCGGCCUCCCUCAACAUCACUCACAUCUGUCUCCGAACAGAUUCGCAAGUGCUCACCAAAGCAAUCAACAGGAGAUCAUCGACGAUGGAACUCUUCGGUUUACUGUCCGACAUCGACUCCCUUAUCUUCUCCUCUGCUUCUCCUUUCAUCUUCUGUAGUGUCGUCUUUGUUUCCCGUGAAGCCAAUGGGCCAGCGGACCUCUUGGCAAAAGCCCAACUAAACUCUUAUUUGGGUGUAAACUUUUAG